AUGGUUAUAGUAGGGGAGUUUGUAGGGGGUGCAGCUCUUGGUGCAGCAUUUGGGCUGUUGUUUGAUGUUGUGAAGAAAGCAGUUGACAAGCCUAGUACCUUUAGAUCCCUCUUUGAGAACAUUAAAUUUUCGCUAAAGUUUUUAAAACCAAUGAUCGAAAAGAUAGGAGAACAUAACGUGGAAUUGGGUCUCCCAGAUGAAGAAAUAAAGUAUAUUAUAAGAGAAAUGGAGGAGGGUGUAAAGCUUGUCCAGAAGUCAUCAAAGAUCAGUAAGUGGAACUGCAUGAAGUUUUAUUACACCGAUCAACUUAUUGAACUAGAUGGGUCUCUUAAAAGACUGUUAGAUGUAUUGAUAGUGCAAGGAUUAAGAGAUGGGAAGGAGACUUUGAUUUUGGCAAGAAAACACCAAGACCAACUUAUUGAAUCGGCAAGAGAUGCAAAGGAGACCUUGGUUUUGGCACAAAAGAACAAUGACCAGCUUAUUGAAUCAGCAAAGGAUGGGAAAGAGACCUUAGUUCUGGCAAGACAAAAUGCGGACCAACUUAUUGAUUCGUCAAGAGAUGGGAAGGAGACCUUGGAUUUGGCAAGACAAAACAAUGCCCAGCUUAUUGAAUCAGCAAGGGAUGGAAAGGAGACCUUGGUUUUGGCCAAGAACAUUAAAAGGUUUCUCAAAUGA